AGGGGCGGCCUCGCAGCUUUGGCCCUGGCCGUGAUAAUACGGCCGAAGGUACUUGAUCGUCUCGCAACUUUUGUUCAUACUAUCUACUACUUAUUUCUUCUAUUUUCAAGGUGUAAGCAGACACUCUUAAACAAAGAAAUCACUUUGUUUUUGUAGAUGAGUCGUGUUUCUAAAGUAAGUAGAUGAUUCCUGACGAUCUAAAUCUAUCUCCCUACUGCGACUUUUUUGUAUCAAGAGCAUACUUACUAGUGCAGCAUAUCAUGCGGGAGGUAUUUUCUUUCUUAUCAUCAUUAUAUAUACAUAGUGUCUCACUCUUGAUCGCCUCGCAGCUUCUCUUCAUAGAAAUACUUCCGCAUCUAAUCAGACACACACACAGACACUCUCAGCGCAAGUCACUUUGUAGCGUGUUGCUUAUACAAAUAGAGAUGAUCUCCCGCCGAUUUGGAUUCCCACCUCGUUGUAUCUUCACUCAAGAUUGUACUAGCCGCAGUUGCUACUUCUCUUCAC